GCUACCUAUGCUCUCUAGUACAGGAACACCACUAUCGAAGCAUUGACCGGUUGAGGGUCCCACUUAAAAAGCAGCAACGACUAUGUACUCCUGCGCACCCAUUCAGAGCACUAACAUCCUUUUCUUUUGUUUUUCUUUCACAGAUGACAAGGCUCUCCUUAGGUUCGCUAUAUAUCACACACCUUCUUUCAGCCAGGGAUAGGGAAGAUCCCGCCAUACCGGAGUGGAAUGCAUCUACCCAGAAGCAGUUCGGACAACCCCUAAAAACCUUCCCGCUCCUUCGUCAUCCCAUCUCGCGUCAUUUCGCUGCCAAGGCUCAAGCCUCUAACUCAGAGGGCUUCCUAAUCAAUGCAAAGUCUGUCGCCAUUCAGCCCUCCUCGGCGACCUCUCUUUACAUGAGUUGCACAUUGUCACCCACGUGGACGCCCGAUCGCGGCACAUUGCUGGAGUGGAACACAUCCGAGUCCGCCUCCACCUGGAAGCAAGUCACUCAUUCCCUUGCGGGCCCACCCAUCGCUUCCACAUUUUUUGACAGCCAAGUUGGACUCCAGCGGCUGUCAGAUCGACGAACCUUCACCACCUUCCAACGCUCAGUGGUCACCCUCUCUGUAGAUAACACCCGCAUCCUGAGUGGAUGUCAGGAUAAGAUUAUCUCAGAGUGGGUAGCACCCAAGGAUGCUUUGCAAGAGAAACCAGCAUCAAUAGCUGUUUCUGAUCCAAAGAUUCUCGCAAUCAAUACAAAGACUGUCACCAUUCAGCCUUCUUCGAUUCUGAAUUCUGUAAGCAGCACCAUAUUUGCAAACCGCAGCAAGGCCAAGUUGGAAAAAUCGUUAUGGGAGGAUGCGCUUGUAGAUGCGCAAAGGGUCAUCGAACUCGAGCCUUCGUCACAUGUUGGAUAUCAGUUGAAGCAUACAGCACUUCAUGGCGUACACCGCUACAGUGAAGCUAUCGAGGCUUUCCAAAUCAUGCUUGCGAAAUUGGAUAGUGCUCACGGUACGCAAAUACGAAAGCUGCGCGAGAAGUAUGUCGGUCCAUCUAGAGCAGAAGGCGUCAUUCGAAAGUUCAUCGACAUCCAACUUUACACUGCCCCGCUUCGUCUGCUCAACACCAGCUCUGGGCUCCUGUGUGAUCGAGAAGCGCAGAUAAGCGUCUUCAAAACGACUGCAGAGUACAAACAGCUUCUCUUGUCGAUUAUGAACCAUGCAGACCUUUCAAUGGAGCGCAUCGCAGACGUGGUGGCGACAUACUUCCGUUACGUCAUGUUAUCCCAUAGAUGGGGAGAGAACGAGCCGCUGCUGCACGACAUCCAGGAUAAGGUCGUAUACAAGUUAAAGGCAGCUGGCAGUCUUGUGAAAUUGCAGUCAUUCUGCAAAUCAGCUCGCCACGCAGGGUAUCACUGGGCCUGGGUCGACACGUGUUGCAUCGACCAGAAUAAUAAUGUCGAGCUCCAAAAGUCAUUCAACUCCAUGUUUGUCUGGUAUCACCACUCAGCGCUCACGACCGUUUACCUGUCGGAUGUUCCGCCUUCGGCCAAGUCUGGCGCCCUAGCGAAGAGUGCCUGGAACACCCGAGGGUGGACCGUCCCCGAAUUCCUUGCUUCUAGAGUCAUUCUCUUCUACCAACAAGAUUGGAUGCUAUAUCUCGACGACCGCUCCCCCAACCACAAGGAAUCUGUCGAGAUCAUGCAUGAGUUGGAGGAUGCGACAGGCAUAGAUGCGCGCGUCCUCGUCGCAUUCCAACCUGGUAUGAGAGAUGCUCGACAGAAACUCCAAUGGGUGUCUACGCGUGUCACCACUGUGCCGGAAGACAUCGCGUAUUCAUUGUUUGGCAUCUUUGGCGUUGCACUACCUAUCCUUUAUGGCGAAAACGCGCAAAAUGCGCUCGGGCGGCUCCUGCAAGAGAUCGUGGCUCGGUCGGGGGACAUCACCGCCCUUGACUGGGUUGGACAACCGUCCGAGUUCAAUAGUUGUCUUCCAGCCCACAUAUCCUCAUACGCUGCUCCUCCAUGCUCCCUCCCAUAUUUGUCUGAAGACGAGAUUCAGACAGCGGUCUCUUCGCUGCGACACACUGCGGCCGUGGAUCAGGCUUCGAAAUUUUAUGACCGGCUCGACAAUAUGAGCGCUCCUCGCUUCGCGAGCUGCAGGCUCCGUCUGCCAUGCAUCGUAUUUCCUGUCACAGAAGUCAGACGGAGGUCUGGUCCAGCCCAAGAGGCAUUGUUCACUUAUGGAGUCAGGGCAGACGGACUUGAUGACUUAUCGAUCACCACCGAAGAGAAUCUGAUUCAAUUUUCACGACCCAGGCCCACUCGACGGACGUUCUUACUUGUUCAUCCUUGGGAUCGUCGUCUCCUUGAGCUGCCUGACAUCGCGGACGAUGCAGAAUGCUUGGGAGAUCGUCCUCAGCCCGAGUCUCUGCUAGAUGACUCUGACUCCAUCAGCGAUUCUCCUGGAGAAGCAGAGUUGGCUGAUUCAGAAUCUUACUCACGUGCAUUGAGAUUGAUCGUUCGCCUUGGACAGCCGUUCGGCGCAUUUUUGCUAGCACAGCAGCGGGGCGGAGAAUACAAGAGGAUUGCAUCGGAUCAUGAUAUCAUUGCACAAGUCAAAGACGUGUCUUCUGCUCAUACCAUGAUGGACAUUAGGACUCUGGAAAUAUUGUAGCC